AUGGAAUAUUGGUGUCAUAUCUGUAAAAGGGAAAGCCAAAUCAACGAAGAAACUAUCACUUGCUCAAGCUGCGGCUCUAAUUUUGUCGAACUUAUCGAAGAUGAAGAGCAGCAUCCUCGCAACUUUGUACCAUAUCAGCCAGCUCAGAGUAUCAGAAAUCUUUUGUCAUCGCUCCUUCUAUCGUUCUAUGUCAAAAUGAUAGUUGAUUUUUGAUAUUGCAUAUUUCAUUUAAAUGCAUUUGAUCAAAAUUUAACAGUUUUUUUUUCAGUCAAAUGACUCACUAUCUAUCAAAAAAAUUCAACCCAAUUUUCGACCAAAAAGUACUUCAGUAAAAGGCUCGCUAUCAAAAAUGCAUGUCAUUGGACCUGCACCUCCUUCUAUCAUCGCUCAGAUCAGGAACUAACGUUACAGAUACCGAUGCUACAAUGGAUCAAAUAAUCCAUCACUUGAUGAUGAACGACACAAAUCGCUAUGGGCCUCCUCCAGCAUCCCAAGGAGCGAUUUCAACUCUCCCAAGUGUGAAAAUUAAUCAAGAAGUCAUUAAAGCGCGAGGAAGACUUAUGAGUGGAUUUGACGAGUGCGGGGAGAGGAUUGAGGAAGACAGAGUUGUUUUAGAAUGUUCAGUGUGUAAAGAAGAGUUUGGGCCAGAUGAAGAAGCGAUUGAUAUGCCUUGCCAGCAUAUGUUUCAUCAAAAUUGCUUACUCUCCCCCUUUAAAUUGAAACGAAAUAUUUGGAAAUUUUUUAAUUUUUGGUUAAUUUAGAACCCCUUUAAAUUUGAACAAUUUUUUUUUGAUAGGAAAAUUUUUUGAUGAAAAUGUUGACCUUACUCAAUAAAAAGUGCAAGUUUUAAAACUGAAUCGAUUAAUUUUUUAAUUUAGUUCUUCAUAUAAAAUAAAUUAAAAUUCAAAAUAUAUUCCUUUCAAUUUAUAUUUAAAAAAAACCCUAAAAUGCAAAAGGGGGAGUUAAUUCCUUGGCUUAAAGAACACAAUAAUUGUCCGGUUUGUAGAUUUGAACUACCUACUGAUGAUCCUGAUUAUGAACAAAGAAGAGGUAGGAGUUAA